CGCCGCCGCGCUGAGCCGCCCCCGCCGCCGACGGCAGAGGGGCCGGCGCCGCCCGCUCGCCCCUGCCGGGCGGGGCGCUUCUCGCCGAGGGGCGCUGGAGCCGCCGCGGGGGCCCGCGAUGUGACCAUGGACAGCAGGUUCAAGGAAAAUCCAGAACGUACCUUUGAUUUGGUACUGAAAGUAAAAUGCCAGGCAUCUGAAAAUGAAGGAAUAUUGAUUGAUGAGGAGCAGAAUAUUUUGCAGUCCUUUGCUGAGGAUUACGUAAAUGUUUUGAGGGCAAAAGCAGAUCCAGUGGUACUGUGGAAGUUCCCGGAGGACUUUGGAGACCAGGAAGUGCUGAACAGCAUUCCAAAGUUUUGCUUUCCUUUCGACGUUGAAAGGGUGUCCCAAAACCAAGUAGGACAGCAUUUUACCUUUGUGCUCACCGACAUUGAAAGUAAACAACGGUUUGGAUUUUGUCGUUUGACGUCAGGAGGCAAAGCCUGCCUCUGUAUUCUAAGUUACCUACCAUGGUUUGAAGUAUACUACAAGCUCCUAAAUACCCUGGCAGAUUAUUUGGCUAAAGAACAGGAAAAUGACUCGAAUGAUUUGCUAAAAUCGUUGUAUAGCCAUCCUGUGCCAAAGCCGAAUGCUUUAGUCAGUUUAAGUGUGAACCAAGAAAUGAUUUUUGCAAGUGAGCAAGAUUUGAAAAAACAUCCUUGUCUUGUAUUGCACUCGUAUUUCAUUACUCCUGAUAUAACUGGAUUGCCAACAAUCCCUGAAAGCAGAAACCUCACUGAAUAUUUUGUUGCUGUGGAUGUGAACAACAUGCUGCAACUUUAUGCCAGUAUGUUGCAUGAGAGACGAAUCAUUAUUACCUCUAGCAAACUAAGCACUUUAACUGCUUGUAUUCAUGCGUCAGCUGCAUUGUUGUAUCCAAUGUAUUGGCAACACAUUUACAUCCCAGUGCUUCCUCCACAUCUUCUGGACUACUGCUGUGCACCAAUGCCUUAUCUAAUUGGCGUCCACUUAAGCUUAAUAGAGAGAGUGAAAAAUAGAUCACUGGAGGAUGUGGUUUUGCUAAAUGUUGACACAAACACUCUAGAAACCCCUUUUAAUGACCUGAACAACCUACCUGGUGAAGUGGUCUCGGCCUUGAAAAAUAAACUGAAAAAGCAGUCUACAGCUACGGGUCAUGGAGUAGCCAAGGCCUUUCUUCGGGCACAGGCAGCACUGUUUGGAUCCUACAGAGAUGCACUAAGAUACAAACCAGGAGAACUUAUAACGUUCUGUGAGAAUAGUUUUGUGAAGCAUCGUUCCAGUACUACUAAGCAGUUCCUGGAAACUGCUGUUAAUCUUCAACUGUUUAAACAGUUUAUUGAUGGUCGGCUAUCAAAACUAAAUGCAGGAAGAGGAUUUUCGGAUGUUUUUGAAGAAGAAAUCACAGCAGGAGGCUUUGGUGGAGGCAAUUCAAGAUCUUAUCAGCAGUGGAUGCAUACAGUGAAGAAAGGCGGUGCACUAAUCAACACAGCAAUGACCAAAGCCACUCCGGCUGUGAAAACAGCAUAUAAAUUCGCAAAAUAUCAGGCAAGGCAAGGAAUAAAAGAAGUGAAGAGUAAGUUAAAACACAAGGAGAGUGAGGAAGAAUAUGGAUCUUGCAGUGCUGGUGCAGUACGGACUGCUCCCAUCUACACAUUGCAUUGUGAGAAAAGAGCAAACUCCGAAAAAAGAAGACUGGCACAGACUCGUUUCAACCAGCAUCUCAGUAACCAGGAUUUUGCCUUGAAUGAAGAUGAUGAUGAAAUGGAGAGAACAAGCAAAUUAUCAUCAGAAGACAGUGAAGAAGCUUCUGCUUACUUUUAUGAUAGUGAUGAUUCUGGUGAAACUGGAAUAACUCCUCAGCAUCAAGGAGAAAUGGACUUGCUUGGGGAGAUUUUGGACACGCUGAGCACACACAGUUCAGAUCAAGGAAAGCUCUCAGGAGCAAAGAGCCUGGAUUUCUUUAGGUCAAUGGAUGACAUUGAUUACAAGACUGCGAACAAGUCAAAUGCACCUAGUGAGAGCAACCUUACUCUGCUCUGCAGCAGUGCUAAUGAUCAAGCAGAGUGGAACCUCGGGCAGGAUGACAGUGUCCUCCAUGGGAAACAGCUCCCUCCAUCACCAAGGAAGCAAGUUUUUUCUGGUGGUCAUAGAGAAUCUCUCUCAAGGCUGGAAGAAGAAAGUAGUGACAAAACCUAUAUUACUGACAAGAUGGACACCACUAGUAUGAGAUCUCUGUCUCCAGUACGAUCAAGUGCCCAGUUCACUUCUCUAGAAAGUUUCAAACUAGGCUAUUCUUCCUGUAAGUACGCAACGCAGAAUGAAACACUAAGCAAUACCUCAGAAGAUCAGCACCCAGCAAGUCUUGCUCAACAUCCAUCCAUUCUGGUCCCUUGGGAAAAAGAGGGGAAGAAAGGAGAUGAAACUCCGGAAGAGGGUGGGCUUCUUCAAGAAGUGGUGUCAUUAUGUAAACUGAGUUCUGCUUUUCACUAUGGUUUAAAUAUUUCAAAGGAUAGCUUAUCCAGCACUAGCAGUGGAAAUAAAACGUAAGAAAACUAUGAGAAGAGAAACUUGACUCCCAUCAGAAGUUAAAGGGAGACUACUCAGGACUCCAUAUAACAUGAUAACCAAAAGAUGAAAAAGGAAUAAGAGGUCUUUGAUUCUAAAAAUAAUUCACUUCGGUUGAAGAGAAUUUUUUGAAUGCAUUUUCUGCCACUGGGGCGUCCGCUUCUAUGUUUACCCAGUUCGUUUGUUGGCUGUAGUUAGGUCUGCAAAAUGGAACUUAAUAUAUGAAUGCACUCUUAAAUCAGGUACUAGUUAGUCUCUGUGUUAAAAAUACAGCAAGUGUAUGGUGCUUCCUAGCAUUUUCUUCCUCUAAGCAGCAGGAAAGGUAUCACCUAACAGGUAAUCAGGUUUUGAAGGUACUAUAUUAAUUCCAUUAAAUAUGAAAUAAACCGAGCAAUCUGAUUUGUCUGAAAUGUACAAAUGUUACUAUUUGUAAUGAAUAAUAAUUGCCUUAAUCUUUUGAGAAGAGGUUUAACUAUCUUAGAAGAUGAAUGCAAAUGUACAAAACAGCAAUAAUGAUUUUCCAUGGAAAGAAUUUGCUUCGGCGAAGGGGGGCUGAAAAGGAAAUUUUUUUUAGAUUAUGGAAUUUCUUGUGACUAUAACUUGGAACUUAAAACUAAAAGUAUGGCCCUGUCUUCAGACUUCAGAAAAGUAGCGCAUGCUUUUCUCGCUCUGUAAAGUACAUGAAGUGCUGAAUUAUAAUGUGACGUUUGCUAACUUCUGUUUACAACUAAGACACUUUAAAGACAUAUUAUCCGGUUUCCCUAGGUAGAUUAUUUCACCUAAUAAUCUUCAGAAAGGAAAGUGUGAGUGGAAUAGAUAGAUUUCUAUUAUUUUUUAUUUUCCACAGUUUAAUGGUGUUUGAAGACUAAUCUAUGCCUCUUCUGAACCAUUUUGUUUCCAUUUAUUGUAGCUGCCUUUUUGAGGGUAGGCUGAAUUACUGUUACUUGGAAGUCAUAUUUAGUUAAAUUAUUAAAGACCCGUGACUGGAAAUUACUUGUAACACUAGAAAACUAAAAUUACAGAUUCAGUUUGAGACUGCAUUUAUCCAACUCUUACUUUGUCCAAGUUGAACAACCAAAAAUCUCGUUCUAGAUUCAGUGAAGGAGAAUAAAUGGACUUGACGUAUAUCGUAUUUAGAACAAGAAUUUGUCCUCCUGGCAGCAUUCCUGAGAAAUAUUUGGAUAUAUGAAGUUUGAAAAAUCUUGCUGUGGUAUGGAGCAGCUUUCCCUUUUUUUUUUUUUUUUUUUCCUCCAGUUUUUCUCCCGUUUUUCCACCUCACCAUAUAUAUAUUAUCUUCUACAAUAGCUCAAGAUAGGAAAGAUGUGAAGGAAGUUUCAGCAGAUUGGAAUGCUUUAAAGGAUAUUUGUGAUGCAGUUGGCAGAAGUAACACAGAGGUAUAAAAUCAACUGUGCCUGAGAAGAAUGUUCUCCAGCUCUUCCAAACUCGUCAGAAACUUUUUCUUUCUUUCUUUCUCUCUUUGGCAUGAAUGAUUAGUCUUAAUCUCAGAAUAGGCCUGAUUGAGCACAUUCAUAAGGUCAGUAUUUGGACCAGAUUGUGCUUUGAUAUCUUAAUGGUAGUUUGUAGCAAAGUUUAAUAAUCAGUUGCCACAUUGCGAUUUUAUGAAUUAAAUUUCCUUCUAGCUACCACAGAUGGAAAGGGGUAUUUUUGGCUGCUUUAUUACAAGGCAGCUAACCUAGGAGAAUGGAUCCAUAUCAUUCAGAGGCAGUGUCUGAUGCUUUACCAAAGAGAUUCAGUAGAUUGAGACUUUGGCUUUGUUAAUGUAAACAUUUCAGCUUGUUCCAGUAUGAAAAGGGCUGGGCCAGUAAUUGUCAUUGAGGACGAAUCUCCAGAAAUUUUUUAUUUUUUUUUAAAUUGUGCAAUGAAGGUAAAAGUUUAUACAAGUGAUAGUCUUACAGAAAUAUCUGCGUCAGAUUAGAGUGUGAAAAUUCCUGAGGGCAUCUGUAGUCUGCAUUGCUAGGGAAUCUAGGUAUUCCAGAGUUAGAGGUUGUGUGUCCAGAGUUUUGUACUCCAAAGUAUUUAUCUAUCCUUUGGUUUCCUCUUGUGUAUCAACAUGGUAUGUGGUGGAGGUUUUUUAGUAACAUAAAAAUGUUAUUUAGCAAAGUAUUUUGCUAUUAAAAAUCAAAAGUAUCAUAAGCAUUGUGUAAAAUCUUUGAUCUAAACUUCUCCUUUGCUGGUUCUAGGCAUUACCCAAAUGUAGUGCUGCCAAAUGUGUCUGAGGGAAGACAAGCAACACAAAGCUUUCUGUUCUUGUAGCACUUCCUCUCUCAUUUUCAUUCAUGUCCUUGUAUUUCGUUGACAAGAAUUCACUUUUUCUUUUCCUCUGCAUCCGACAUGCUUUUCUGUCCGUAGUUCCAUCUAAAAUGAUGUUUUGUUAGAGAUAAACAGUAUUGAUGUCUUACGGAGAAAAACAGAAAAAAAUCUGAAAUUAUGUCCAUUACAACUUUCAAAACCAUGAAACACCUAAGUCCAGGAAUGCUGCCAGAAAAAAUGUUUUUCAAAAAUGCCUCUCUGAUAGAAUGAAUCUUACUGGCUUUACAUGAGAGUUAGGCACUGAACUUCUGUUAUCACCUAGAUUGUCCCGUUCUCACCUUUGAGGAAAAAAUAUGGAAGCCAUGUAAGGCUGCUAAUAUUCUUACAGUUACUAUAAGGAUCAUAAAAGUGAAAGCUCGGUAGUGGAAUCUUUCAAAAUUGAGGCAUAGUAAUUCACUGUUUGAGAGAAAUUUGAGUGAAAAAUGCAGGCUGAAGAGAAAUAAACAGAUGAACUAAAAGAUGGAAUGUAAAAUUAAACUUAGAAUUAUUUCAGUCAAAAUGUUAGUUACUGUGUUUAUGCCACAUUGUUUCGUUACUAUUUAUAAAGCCCAUACAGUGUUUACACUCAUUAAAUAAAACGUCAUUUUUGGAUUUGAAUCUUGUAUUGGUUCAGAAAGAACUCAGUCAUAUAUCUGUGUUGAAUUUAGCUGUAGGUACAUUUUUAACUUUAUAAUAUUACGGAAUCUUUUCCACUUACUAUCAGUGAUCUUAUAAAAAGGCUAAUAUUUGUGCCUUAUUUAAGCAGAAUUACCAGUUACCAAAUAGAUGAGUCCAAACUGAUAUUUCCGGUUAAACACUGUUGUUCUCUGUCCCUGUGAUAAUAUGAAACUGUUUAUUGGUUACAUAUGCAGUAUUUUUAUUACCACAUUGGGUACCAUAUUAAGAUAAAUUUCCAGGUCCAGUACUUUUUACAAGUUUUAUACUUGUGUGCUUUUUAUUUGUGGAAAUCCUCCUAAUGUCUUUCAAAACGAUAAACAUUCAUCACCAGCUACUGGUGAGAACUAAGUAAGUUCUGCUCAUUCAGAGCUCCUGUGGUCUUCUUCAGAAGCAUGUCUUUUCUUCAGGAUCUCAAAAAUCUUCCUAUUUCUCCUGUUUAAGGGAGAUACUAGGUUAUUUGACAAAGCUUUGUAAUCUGUUACUUACACAUAGGAACAAAUUUCUGAUAUAGGAGGUUGAACUAGGACUUGAAUUUAGUAUCUUCGAGUUUCUUUUGCAUCAGUGGUUGCCUGAAAUGAGCCAUAUCACUCAUCUGGUUUGGGAGGAAAAAAGCAAGGGCAGUAGAAAGACAAAGGGAUUCCUGGAUUGUUCCAGUGGUGUGUGGUGAAGCAGAGCCUGGGAGUCCUCAGGAGGGAUGGUAACUUUGAGGAAAUUCAGAUUUCAAAAUGUUGUUUCAUGUUCUUGCUCAGUUGUAGUGAUUCCAACCCAGCCAUGUAGGGGCUAUGGAAUUAAGCCCCUAUGGGAUAUGCAGAAUGGAUAGUAUGCUGUCCCAGUCAAAGCCUUCCCAUCCAUGUGUAUAGAGAUGCAGUAUGUAAAACACAGUGCAGAUAUUCAGGGAAGGACAGUACUGUGGCUGCCAAGGUGAUCCUUACCCACCCUCUAUGCAUGCAGAGGGAAGUCUGUGUAGAGUAGGCAGGGGUUGGCUCUUCCAUCCCACAUAUUUGAGCAUCAUGUAUCUGAAAAAUAGUCUUGUUCUGAAAGAAAAAUGUAGUUGUAGAAGUUGUCCUAGAACUUAGCUGAACCCUUCAUUGUCAUUUAGCAUUUCAGUGGUACUGCUGCUGUUUGGGCGAGGUCAUCAGAAUCUCUCAGCACUGACUGAAGUCCCCUCUCAGGCAUUGUAACACAGACUUCAGCCAGAGUUCUAGACACAUGCUGGGUGCUUUUGAAAAUCCCACCCAAUCUAUUAAAGGAGUAGUUUAGAUCUCAAAAAAUUGUUUUAGAUGUCUUUUCAGGGUUUAAAAUGAUCUAGUUUAUAACCUUGUGUUCUUGUAAACGAUUUAAAGUCUAGGCAAAAAAACAGUUAAGCCAGGUUUUUAAAACAGCAUCUAUCUCUCCAACUACAAUCAAUCAUAUUCAGUCCUACAGAACAAUCUUUCAUUGGUGCAGCUGUCUAAUGGAAUUACUAGGAGCAUCUAAAAUCUUUUUUCUAUGCAUGUAAUCAGUUGAGGAAACAUUUCAUGCAAUAAUUGAAGUGCCAGCAUAAGGCCUCUUUGCAAAUGCACCCCCUGUGCAAUACUGACUGUAGUACCCUGUGCUGCGGAAGGGAGCCCCAUAGCCGCUGACCUCCCUGACUCUGCAGGGAGUCUUAGAGGGGGGUCUUUAUUUCCAAGGGAGUUACCAUCUUCUCUCUUGGUGCCAGGCUCUAGCCCAGGUGCUGUGAGACUCCAGCCAGUGUGUUCCCAACAGUCUGAAAUUUCAAGCUAAAGAAAUGUGCUAAUGAAAUUAUGCCCGAGGCAAGCAGCUUCCUUAUUGCAAAGCUCAGGAUGGUGAAGACUGGCUGUCCCCAUGGUAUUGCAGUAAAUCUUUGGAGAAUGAAUGUAGAAAUAAAUGCACCAGCAAAACCAGUAUGAAUGGUGAUGUGACUAGUCUUCAGUAACUUCUUUGCUGCUAUUAGAUGUGUAUGUCUUUGCCAUGUGUUGUUUACCUAACAGAAUCUGGGCUGAGUAGAAUGUGUCCUACUCAUCACCUCAAGAGCGUGGACCACAGCUGGUCUAGAAUUCAUGAUCUUCAGGGUGUUGAAAAUAGAUGAAUGGGAAAGGGAUGGUAUGUGUUUUUGUGCGAAACCUUCCUUGAUUUGCAAUGUCUGUUUAACAGUUUUAAUCAGUGGCCAAUUGAAAGUACUUGAUAGGUCUUUCCUGGAAGCUGCUAAACUUCUAGAUGUAGUUGCCUGAUGAGUCCCACAGUCACCUUAGUCUAGAGGGCCAUCCACCAUCUGUGUAGUUGGCAGGGCCAUUGCCAUUUUCUGCUGGGUUGGAGUAUGAAGCAGGUGACACAGUUGGUUACUCCAAGGUUUACUGUAGUAAAGGGUACUCUAAUUUGUACUAUUACUUAGGUCAAUACUAACAAGAUUUGUAUUUAGUCCAGUAACAGUAUUAGCAUUUGAAAAAUAAGUUGAGUUCAAGUACGUUGACAUUUAUUACAAUUCUCUGUGAAUUGACAUUCUGUUUCUGUUAAAAAUAAGGGAGCUACUUGGUUGUGUGGGGGAAAUGUGUUGACUUUCAAAUCUUCAGUGAUUUUUGUGCAAUAUUUCUCUUUGUUUAAAAGUAAUUUAGUAUAGUGCACAUCUGCUUUUCAAGAAGAUCUUGAAAUGGGAUUUUUUUUCAAAAAUGUGUAAAAUUACAUGUAGCUUUGAAAUAUGGUUGUAUGAUAAAAACAUGAAGAAUAUAUUUUAGUGAGGCAACUGUAUAUUUCCAAUGACUGGAAUGAUUAUGGAUGUCACAUUCUAUGGAGAUAAUUCGCCUAAACCAAUGUUCACGUACCAGUAGUUCUAGUAAUUCUCAAAAUUAUAACCCAGUUAAAUUGAUGUAAGGUUAAAUGUUAGAAUUUAUGAUGUUUAUCUUAUAAUCUGAUCAAUUUUUUAUCAUUGAUAAAAAGAUGAGGAGUUAAGCAUUGCUUUUCAAUACCACUGGUGAUGUGAGAAUUCAUGGUAAUGACCGUACAUAUUAAGAAUUUAGUCUGUGACAUCCCUAAUUAUCACAAGUCAUUAUUUAAAAUAUCUACUAAUGUUACCAGUAUCCUUUUAAUUUUUUUGUAAAUUAAUUUCUUUGUAUAUUGAUGUAUAUUUUGGUUUAACCUUUGGUUUUCCCUUGAGAGCUUCUUUAAUAUACUUGAAUGAGGCAAUAAAGCACUGUGGAACAGCUAGGCUUGGUGCAGCUUAUACACAAGCACAUCUUGUCUGUUCCUUCAUGAUUUUUGAGGAGGAAGAGAAAUUUGAAAUGCUUACACGUUUAGCCAACUGACAAUUAGUGUUUGUUACUUUCAGAUCUGUGCCAGAUGUGAGAAAUGCCUCAACAUGGAACAAAACAAGAUUAUGUAUCCCCAUCCUACUACUUUUUUUUUCAGAACUUUUUGUUUUGGUUAGCUUUUGAAACUGUUCCUAAUAAUGUCCUCUUUGUAAGCCUUUAAUACUUACAGGAAAGGCAUAAAGUACAAGGCAUUUUGAGGUUUUAUUGAUCAUUUUAAUAAUUUCAGAGAUAUAAAAGACCCCAAACAACCAGCAUUGUCCUAACAGUUUUAAAAAUGUAGUUAGUUACUGACCGUUAAUAAAACUAGAACCAAAUCUAAGAAUUUACUCCAUGCUUUUGCACCCUCUGGACUACUGUUCAAAGUCAUCUCAAGAACUGUAAUUCAGACCUUAGACUACUGUCAGUAGCGCACUGUCUAGAUGUAGUAAAUGAGCUGUGAUGUUUGGUGUGUUUUGUUUUUUGCUUUAUCCUUCCAAAUUUGUGGCGUCAGUAGAAGUUUUUGGUGAACUCCACAUUACCAUAAAGUGCCCAACACUGUACUAUAAAAUAAAACUUAACAAUAUCAGAA